AGAUGGUGAAGCAGACCAUCCAGAUCUUCGCCAGGGUCAAGCCCUCGGGCCAGAAGCAGCCUCAGGGGAUCUAUUCAGUAGAUGAAGAUGAAAAAUCCACAACAUCAGAGUUGGAAAUUAUUGUACCACGAGAUUUGGCGGAUGGAUUUGUUAAUAAUAAACGGGAAAGCUACAGAUUUAGAUUUCAGAAGAUUUUUGAUCAGGAGGCAAAACAAGAGGCCGUUUUUGAGAUCAUCGCCAAGCCAGUUGCUGAAAGUGUACUGGCUGGUUAUAAUGGUACCAUCUUUGCCUAUGGACAAACUGGCAGUGGCAAGACGUUCACCAUCACCGGAGGAGCAGAACGUUUCAGCGACAGAGGCAUCAUACCAAGGACGCUGUCUUAUAUCUUCCAGGAAUUAGAGAAGGACAGCAGCAAAAUGUACACCACCCACAUUUCCUAUUUGGAAAUCUACAAUGAAUGUGGUUUUGAUCUGUUGGAUCCAAGACAUGAGACCUCCUCGCUGGAAGAUUUGCCGAAGGUAACAAUAUUGGAAGACUCCGAUCAGAACAUUCACCUGAAAAAUCUCUCUCUCCAUCAGGCAACGAGUGAGGAGGAAGCUUUGAAUCUUCUCUUCCUCGGGGAUACCAAUAGAAUCAUUUCAGAGACUCCGAUGAAUCAGGCCUCCACGCGUUCCCACUGCAUUUUCACGGUCCACCUGUCAAGCAAGGAGCCAGGAUCUGCAACCGUGCGGCACUCCAAGCUCCAUUUAGUUGACCUGGCUGGGUCGGAGAGAGCCGCCAAGACGGGAGUUGGAGGUCAUGUUCUGACCGAGGUCAAAUAUAUCAACCUGUCACUGCAUUAUUUGGAGCAGGUGAUAGUUGCACUUGCUGAGAAGCAAAGAUCCCACAUCCCCUACAGGAAUUCUAUGAUGACCAGCGUUCUGAGGGAUAGUUUGGGAGGAAACUGUAUGACGACUAUGAUUGCGACCCUGUCUUUGGAAAGAAGGAAUAUAGACGAAUCUAUAUCAACCUGCAGAUUCGCACAACGAGUGGCCCUCAUCAGGAAUGAAGCUGUCCUUAAUGAAGAAAUCGACCCCAGAUUGUUGAUUGUGCGCUUGCAAAAGGAAAUCCAGGAACUGAAAGAUGAACUGGCUUUGAUCAGUGGGGAACCGAGAACAGAAGAACUCACGGAAGCAGAACUCCUUCAGCUGGAGAAGCUGGUGGCAUCCUUUCUGGAAGAGUCGAGUAUCCCGAGUGCACGCUCAGUGUUUGGCGCUGACAUGCCGGAAGAUUUCAGCACUGCUUUAAGCAUCCUAAAAAAAUUCUUUGCCAGUGAUCCUUUAGCCUUUUCAAUGUACUUUUAA